AUGGCCGCGACCAUCCGAUCCAGUCUAAGCCGCUCCGGCCGAUCCUCCGUUGCCUCUAUUCGCAGUCUCUCUAACGCUCGUCCGGCAAAGGCACAGGUUAAGCCUACCACUGUUCGGGAGCCCAACACUCCCUUCCCGCCUUCCGAUGCCUCUUUACUCGACAAAUACUCAAGGCGAGGCGCCUUAUCCAAGACAUAUUUCGAUGCGACAGGCGUGCGAUGGGUUGGGUCUGGCGAAGACGGACCAAAGGACCCCAAUAAGGCAAAGCUGGGCAAAACUUUACGAGUUCUACAAGAACGAUUGCCGACACUUCUUCUCCAUCCUCUUCCUCACGACAUUCUUGCGCCAAACAUCGCCCUUCAUCUCUUCCCUUCCACGCAUCCCCAUCUACCGACUGUAUCCGGCCGCGUCGCAUAUAAUGCCGCCCUCUGGACCUCUCCGAUAGCAUGGAACCGGGUUCCCAUACUUGGUAACGUUUGUAUAGAGGUUCUCGCAGAGCGUAUGACAAGUGAGCCCCUCACAUUCUUACCCCGCCGUGCUGGAGCUAUCCCAGAACAGCUUGUCGUACGGUGGUGCGAGAAGCGAAAAGGUUCCGAGAGUUAUUCUAGCCGGGGGGUAAUUGCACGUUCGUUGCCAUUUGGUCGUGGAGUUGAUCCAGAUAAAGCAUUCACUGGACUGUUUGUGUUUGACUUCGAUACCGAGGGACGAAUUCUAAGUCAUACGAUCGAACAGUCACAAGCUGGUGGCGAUUGGGAAGCCGGUGUUGGCGCAAAGGUUGUCGGUCUGACUGACUGGCUCCUUGGAGGCUGUAAGAACCCCGGUACUCCUAUACCUAUGUUUGCGCGAGUGCGAAGACGUAGAUCCAUCUAG